AUGACCCCCAAAAGGCUAAUCUUUACCCUUGGUACCAAUAAUUGGCAAGGACCUGGCCAAUUUGCCCCUGGAUCUGGUAUUCUACACCAAGGUCACCAUAUUGCAAUGAACUCCUUGCCCGAUACUGUUUGCUAUUCUAUAUGGCCAUCUGACAUUCAAAAAACGCCGAAUGAAAGGGAUGAUUAUAGGGUCUAUGAGAUUCCACAUCCUAUUCCGAUUUGUGAAAGUGUAGGACCGCAGAGCAGUAAGCGGUGGCAUUCAAUGAGUGAUGAGGAAGUUAAGUCUUACUGUGAUGCCCUCCGACAGCAAUGUUGGGAUUACAUUGAAUAUGCUGAAAAAAAGCAUGGCCAGUCAUUUAAUUUAUUUGUGGCUCAUCAUGCCUUCAUGAAUCCCGUGAUAAUGUCCGAGAUUAAUGAGCGACGUGUGGCGUGUGGUAAACCCAAGGUUCCCCUUGUAGUCUUUGUACACGGAACUGCCCUCAGAAUGUAUGAAAACGAGCUAAAUCAUCUUCCUGACUUUCCAAUGAAGUAUUAUACAUGGAUUCGUGAGGAGAAGAAAUUAUUCGAAAAUACUGAGAAGGUAUAUGGUAUUUUUACAGUUUCCCUUCCGCAAAAAGAGGCAUUCCUUAAACUUUUCCCCUUAUUUCCGAAAGAUCUUGUUUCUGUUGCUCCUUGCGGAUAUGGUCAGCAUAUCUUCCGUCCUAUUGAUGGAAUGACCAGACAAAAAGCAUUUGGAAAAAUGCCCCAAGUUUUAUAUGAUGGGUUUGACGAGGCCCAACUUCCUGCAGAGGUUCAGAAUGUAAAACCUGGAAAAACUGUUCCGAAUAUUGAUUCAUACAAGCAUUUGGUUGUCUUUUGUGGACGUUUUGCUGAUUGGAAGCGUCUGGACUCGGUCCUGCUGGCAGCGAGUAAGUGGGAACAGGAGGAAAGGAGUAUUCUUACGAUAUUGUGCGGUGGUGGUUCAAGAGAAGCGUGCCAGAAAUAUGUCGAUAUGGCGUAUUUCGACCUUAAGCUGAAGAACACUUUUUUUCUGGGACCCCUGGGGCAACCUGAGCUUGCCAAUUUGUUCACAGUUGCCGAUAUUUCUGUUUUCCCAAGCAAAGAUGAACCCUUUGGUCUUGUUUUCAUCGAAUCCAUGGGCUGCGGGACGCCUGUGAUUGGGGCAAAAUCUGGAGGUCCACUUGACUUUGUAAAUGAUGAAGUUGGAACCCUUGUGGAUGAGGGAACAAAUGCGGAAGUGGGUGAUAGGGUUUAUGCCUCUGUCAUACAGGCUUUGAAUGAGGACUGGAAAAAGACAAAGGGCCCUCAUUGUGUGCAGUAUGCCCUAAAGAAGUUCAGCUUGACUGCUCAAGUUGAAUUGAUGUUAAAGCAUAUUGAUUCACACUUUAUCAGCUGA